AUGAGCGAUCAGAAAUGCUCGGAAAAGGAAAAGGAGUUGAGCCGAAGCGCAAGGAUCCACGUGAACAGUGAGGAUAUAAGUAAUGAUAGCGAGGAAAAAGAAGAUAACAUAGUGGUGGAUGUAAAAAGAAAAAACUGUUCACAGUAUAACAUUUUAGAACAAUUGUCUAUGUUGAGUAAAAAGAAAAAAAAGUUGAUAAAAGAAAAAGAUACAUGGGAUGUCUUAUCAAAUAUAUCUAAUUAUUCUUCAGAUAACAACAAAGAAACAGAAAAAAAAAAAUUGUUAAUAUGUAUGGGUAAUAAUAAUUUUGGUCAGUUAGGUUUCGACGAGAAUGGGAAAAUUGGGGUAAUAGAUUUUUCUAAUAUACCUAUAUACAAAUAUUUUUCUUCAUAUAACGAAACAAAAAAGAAAUUAAAAAAAUAUAAUAAUAUUGCAAAAGAAAUAAAAAAAAAGAGGAAUAAUGACUCUUCUUUUAUGCAUUUCAAGCGAUCAAAUAAUUCUCUACGUUAUAAUGAAAUGUAUAACAAUAUAUUAACAAGACUUCCUAGCGAUUUUAAUUUGUCGACUAUUAGGAGAACACACAAUACAGCUACCUUUAAGAAAAACAGAAGUAAAAGUCGACCUCAUAAUGGAGUGGAAGAAAAUAAAGUGAAUACAAGUGGUAGUUGUGAGAAGAAUAAAAUAUGCAAUGAACAGAUGAUUAGCGAUGAUAUAACAGGAAAAAAUGGUGUAGAGAAAUGUUCCUCCAAGAAGGAAGAGAAAAACAGAAAAGAUCAUACAGUGUCAUAUGAUGAAGGACAAGGAGAAAAAAAAAAAAACAGCGAAAUGUCGAGCAGUGUAAAAACGAAUUGUAGUGUUCCAGUUAACCCAAUGAAAUUAAGAAAUACCAAUUAUAUGAAAAGGAACAAGUAUGAGGAAAGCACAAUAAUUAAUAAGAAAAAAAUAAAAAAAAAAACAUUUUCCGAAAAUGAUAAUGAUGCAAAAAUACAUGACGAGAAAAGAACAAAGGAGUAUGAUGAAUUUCUUCAGGUAAAGAAGGAUCAGAAUGGAGGAGAUAAUGGCAAUGGUAGAAGCGGCGAUAGAAACCAUAAUGACAACCAUAAUGACAACAAUAAUGACAACAAUAAUAGCAGUAAUAAUAGCAGUAAUAAUAGCAGUAAUAAUAGAAACAAUAAUAGAAACAAUAAUAGAAACAAUAAUAGAAACAAUAAUGGUGAGGACUAUGGGGGAGGUAGGGAUAAAAGCGAAGAGUUGACUUUUUUUAACCCUAAAGUAAUUAAUUGCGGAAAAUAUCACUCAGGUGUAGUCAGUAAGAAUGGUUUUGUGUGUCUAUGGGGAUUAAACUGCUAUGGGCAGUUAGGAGUGAAUCCUCAAAAAUCUAUUUAUACUUGUUAUAAAAAAACAAAAGUACGAGUAUUAGGAAAGGGGAAAAAGGAAAAUAAAUUAUCAACAAGAAGAUAUAAUAUAUGCUCAUUUUUACGAAAGGAAAAAACUAUUUUAUCACCAUAUAUUUACAAAUUAAUUCCUUUGAAGCAUUUUGGAUAUAAACAUAAAGUAAAAGAUUUAAGUUUAGGUGCUUUUCAUACGAUGUUAUUAACCUACAGUGGGCAUGUCUUUACCUUUGGUUGUAACAAAAAAGCGCAGCUGGGUCUACCCAAUUAUUAUAAUAAAAAAAUAUCGUACACAAGUAAAGCUUUUCUUAUUCCAUCGAGCAGCGAUUCGAAGCAGUUUUCAUCGCAGAGGUAUUGUCACCUGCGGAAUAGUAGCAGCAGCAGCAGCAGCAGCAGCAACAGUCGUGGUUGCAGUCGUAGUGGUGGCCUCUCUUAUAGCCGCACUUGCAGUAAGAACGACGCUACCUUCUUGAGCAAAAAUACAUUCUUCUUUUCUACUCGUUCCAAAUAUGCAAAUAUUGCACGUCCGGUCAUUUACAUAACAUGCGGGGCUUAUCACAGUGCCGUCAUAGAUGCAAACAAGAAAUUGUGGUUAUGGGGAUGGAACAAAUAUGGGCAAAUUGAUAAUACAUAUAUCAAUGAAAAGAUAAAAAUGAGAGAAAGGGAAGAUCAUGACACUUGCAGAAAGAUUGGUAUUAAUUUCUUGGGUUUGAGUAAAUCUGGUGGAAUAAAACAAGAAGAGAAAUGUAAUGCAUUAGGUGAAGAAAACGAAAUGGUAUACUGUAAAGGAAAGGAAAAUGGGAAAAGUAAAAAGAGUAAUAAUAAAAAUGUCAAUAUCCCUAGAAAUAUUAAGAUAAAAAAAAAAAAUAUUCUUCAAGUGAGUUUAGGUAAAUAUCAUAGCUUAUGCUUGACAGAAGAUAAAGCUGUAUAUGUAUGGGGAUAUCUAAAAAAGAGAGAAAAGAAAAAAAAUUGCUCUUACCUAACAUGUCAGGACUCUAUUGAUCAUUAUAAAUAUAUUACACCGUUAACUAAAAUAACUUGUUUAAGUGACUUAUAUAUUUCAAAUAUUACAUCCUCUAGUACACAUACAGCCUUUGUUGCUCCUAUAAAAUAUAGCAAUGAAAAGAGUCCAUUUGUAAUGUCCUUUGAAGAAAGAAGUAUGCUGCAGAUUAGUGAAAGUGCUGGGGAUCGGUACAGGUGUAAUAUAUUACUAAGAGAUGAAAAUAAUAAUGAACAUUUUUUGAAAUAUUUUUCUGAUAAUGUUUUAACAAGAGGGGGUGACAAAGUGUUUUAUGUUAAAUACACUGACUUAUAUUACUUAGUUAAUGUUGAAAGUACUGAUAAUGACCAAGCAGUAAAUAAUAAUAAGGCAGGAAGCAUGUACUACUACAUGAACAAUGAAUACAAUAGUAACAAUAUUUCGAAUAUAUCGAAUAAGUACUAUAUUAGUGGUAGGUGGAAAAAUGAAGGAUGUAGUGAUUUACGUGCAUUUGAUACAAAUAAUAUACAAAAAGGGAGUUACAUUCAAGCCGCUGUUCAUACUACUAUUACGAGGAGCAGGGAAAAGAUAGAAAAUAUAGGAAAAGUAGAAAAGAAAGGAAAAAUAGAAAAGACAGAAAACAUUUUAAGACCUCUGUUCCUUACAAAUGAUAACAAUUUCGAUACUAUAAAUACAUUACAAGUAUAUCAAGUGGCUAUGGGGAAAAACUUUGGCAUAUUUUUAACUUCCUCACCAUCUAUAAAUAAAAUUUUAAAUAAAAAAAAAAUAGAUUAUAUUAAUAAUAUUUGCUCAUUAAAUGUUCUUAGAAACAAAAUCCCUGAGAGGAAUUUAUUUGUCAUAGGUAAUUCCGACCAUGGUCAGGUAAUCCUACCAAGUAACUGCAGACAUACUGCCAUUCCUAUUUAUUUAGACAAGAACAAACUAAUAGAUGAAGUGCUAAUACGAAAUAAAAAAUAUAGCUUCUUAAAUAUAUCAAAAAAAAAAAAAUACUCGGAUCAAAUAGCGUAUAACAGUAAAUUGUAUUACUUAAAAAAAUACCAUGAACGUAUAAAAAAAAGUGCGACAAAUUCUAGCCUCUUAUUUAAUGAAUUCGAUAACCAAAACAGGUUUUCUUUAUUUACAAACACGCGCAGUAGUAAUCACAGCGGCGGUAAGAAAAAGGGCAGCAAUAAUAGCAGCGGUAACAACAACAGCGGUAAUAACAGUAUCAGUAAUAACAGCAGCAGCAAUAACAGCAGCAGUAAUAACAGCAAUGCUAAAAGACUAAUUUCCCUAAGUGCCUGCAAAUUCAGCGAGUUCAGCGCAAGCAUGUACAACAGGAAUAGAAUGUCCAUUUCUCCCGUACAUUCCUCUAGUGACAGGAGUAGUAGCAAUAAUAAUAUUUUCAAUUUCAACCUUAAUCAGAAAAGAAACAUGAAGGAGAGUGAAAAAAUAUUAGCUUCUUCAGGGGAACAAAAUGAUUCAGGGGGAAAUAAAAAGGUACCUCAUAUGAAUAAGGGGCACGGGGAAUUCACCGUAACCCCCACCAUGAAGGGGGACACCAGCACGACCAACAAGGGGUGGAUGAAUGGGUCUUCCAGUAGGUGCAAUAACGAGGGCAAUAUCGAGGGUAAUAGUGGGUCCAUCAGUUGGUCCAUUAAUGGUUCGAUUAACGGGUGCAAUAACGGGUGCAAUAACGGGUGCAAUAACGGGUCCAUUAACGGGUCCAUUAACGGGUGCAACAACAUGUCUAAUAAUGGGUCCAAUAACGAGCUCAAUAGGUCCUCGAACAGUAGUGGAAACAGACCCCAGUUUCACCUCUUCAACAAAAGUAACGUUUCAAGUUUGCAAAAUUCAUGUAAGACAUCUUCUUCAUUACUACGUGACAGUUUGAAUGAAAAUAUGAACAGUGAAGAUAAAAUACGAAUAAAUAGCAACGAUAGCAACGAUAGCAACGAUAACAACGAUAACAACGAUAACAACGAUAGCAACGAUAACAACGAUAACAACGAUAACAACGAUAACAACGAUAGCAACGAUAACAACGAUAACAACGAUAACAACGAUAACAAUAACGAAGUUCUAACAACAAUGCAAAAUAAGAACACAAAUCAGGAUAAAAAAGAGAAUGAUUCAUUAUAUACACUUCAAAAAUCAAGUAUUUAUAAUUCGUCCAGAUGCAGCGAUGCGGAUACAAGUAAAAAGAAGUCUUGUGAAAAAGAUGUUAACAUGAGCAAAGUACAUUCGUGCAAUGGGAAUUAUAAGGAGACAAGUAUAGAAACUAUUACACGGAACAAUAGUACUCCUUCUAUGAAUGAAUUAAAUUAUAACCUUUUUGAAAAUAAUAAUAUAUCGAAUGGUUUAAAUAUGAACACAUAUGAACAUAUGGAAAAUUCCAAACAGAGGGAAUUCUCUUUAAAUUCAUUAGAUAAUUGUGGUACUAGCGAGGAAUACGAAAAAAGAAAAGAAAAAAAAGAAAAAAAAGAAAAGAAAAAUAUAUAUACGCCUAGCAGAUCUUCGACCCACACACAACAACUAGAUGAAGAGAGCAAAUAUUAUUAUUCUUCUCGUAAAUAUAUGAUGAAAAGUUCAUGCAUAAAUAAAAAGGAGUUAUUUCGAAGUAUGAUAUUACAUACUAUUGAAAAUAUAAAUGACAAUUUUUUAAGUAAUCAAAAUGAACAUAUUAAAUUAACUAAUUGUGAACAAGUUAAAUCGAAAUUUAAAGUAUUUAAAAAGAGAAAUUCUUGUCUAUGGAAUUAUUUCACCUAUCAUCAUACUAAAAAAAAAAAUCCCUUCAAUUAUAAUUUAUCUGAAAAUAUUGUUAACAUUACGCUGUUAGAUAUAGCUUGCGGUGACUACCACUCCUUGGUUUUACUAGAAGUCGAUAUGCUCACGUGA